AUGCCGCACACCCGCCACCACAGAAGGCACCACACCUGGCCACACUGCGGUUCAGAGCUGUGUAUGCUGGAGCCUCGCGGCCUCGAUCUCCAUGUUUCGAAGCCAGGUAGAGGGCCUGCAAACUACAUCCAGCGCUCAUUCCCCCAAGCUACCACCAUACCACUCCUCACAGAGGACGUACUGGGAGAUGAUACCGAGAUGGCAGGUAUAGUCCGACCACCAAGACGGAUGACUAGACUCUGGUUCCGAUCUUCCAGGGAAAGAAAUGAUGGAAUCCAGUUGUCGGCGUCGCCGGUCGAUACCCGGAAAAAUGUUCAUCGCGGUGUAUUGCGCAGACUUAUUCGUCGGCCACCGUUGAAUAAAACUCAGUCGUUGCUCGUGGUUCCUUCCAAUAUGACCGGUGAUCCCAAUCUGUCUACUUUGAUACAACCUCAGGCGUUGGUACCGCUGGGUGCUGGCUCAGAUAGGGGCAGGUCGACGCUAUCUGGUGCCGAUGCGGCGAGGUUCGUGGCUGAGAGACGGCAUCGAAGAUGCCAUUCUGAACAACCGCGUGCGUGGAGGAGACCAAGUGCCACGCUGUGGACACUCCAGGAACAUGAAGAAUGA